AUGUUAAAUCACAUAGAAAAAGGGGAAUGCGUACGAACUCCAAAGGUUUUAUCUAUCCAAUCGCAUGUCGUUCACGGUUAUGUUGGUAAUAAAGCUGCAACCUUUCCACUUCAGUAUAAGGGAUGGGAUGUAGAUGUACUGAAUACUGUUCAGCUAUCAAAUCAUCCAGGAUAUGGAAAAUUCACUGGUCAUAAAGCAAAAGCAAGCGAUGUAUAUGAUAUUCUAAAGAAGGGCCUCCUGGGGGACUUAAAUAUGACAUAUGAUGCAAUCCUAACAGGGUACAUACCAUGCACAGACACACUUAAACUUCUUUCUCAAACUCUUGGAGAUGCAUGUAAGAAGGACCAUAGAUUGAAAUGGAUUGUAGACCCUGUUUUAGGUGACAAUGGCAAAUUAUACGUCUCAGACAAGAACGUUCCAGUAUACAAGUGUAUCCUACGAGAAAACAGACUAUUCAUGGUGACUCCUAACCAGUUUGAAAUGGAAACUCUUACAGGUAUGGGAAUCACCAGCUUAGAAUCUUUGAGACAAGGUUUUAUCAAGUUUCAUAAUCUGUAUCCACUGGUGGAAAGAGUUGUCAUUACGAGCAUGGAGAUCACUAUUUCAGAUGAUAACACGGAUUACCUCGUGUGUGCUUGCUGCGACUUUGUGGCCAAGCCAGAUGCUGUACAUUACUUCAAGGUUCCAAAGUUAAACGCUCAUUUUAGUGGUAGCGGCGAUCUCUUCACUGCCUUGCUGCUAGAUUGCCUACUGCAUCCGACGGCGAAACAACCACUAGACCUCUCGCACACAGUCAGUGCAGUACUCUCAUUGGUUGACGACAUUUUACUAAGGACGAUGGAUCUAACCCUGUCAAAAGGCGAUUUCUUGACUAACAAACCAAGUGUGAUAAAUGAUUUGAAGCUAGUAAACUGCCUGGAUCUUCUGGCACAGCCACCAGGAUCUCACACCACCACGAGAUUCAGACCAACAUCUAUAGAACUUUUCAGAUAG